AGUGAAGAAGCAAAUCAAAUGAAAUCGCUGCUCCCGCACCUUCCUCGCCCGGCUCUCUUCUCCCCCGCCAUGGGGGCCAGCCCCUCGCACGUGCCAGCCUGCCUGCCCCCGCGCGCCCAACUCCAUCCCGCCCCGCACGUGCGAACCCGCCUCCCGGCCCGCCCACCUCCUUCUUCCUCCUCCGCGGCCACCUAUAAAUACGCAACCGCCGACGCGGCCUCUCCUACUUCGGCGGCCAGGAUGGACGGAGGAGCCGCGACCGACGCCGAGAAGCUCCGCGCCGAUUUCCUCCGAGUCCUCCGCGGCAGGCGGUCCGACGAAGUUGAGCUAUCCGUAGAGCCUGCGAAGCCGGUGGAGAAUCCUUUGUAUCAAGAUGCUAAUCCGCCUAGUUUCAGUGAGGCAAUGCAAUCUUGUCCCAAGGAAAACAUUGAGAAUCUCAAGGAGCUGAUUAAGGAGGAAAAUGUCUACUUAAUUACUGAGAAAGGAGAGCAGGGUCGCUUGCCUGUACUUAUCUUAAGCUUGAAAGAGGACAUUGUCCGGAAGAGGCCUGCUAUUGUGUUCCUGCACAGCACACAUAAGUGCAAAGAAUGGCUACGCCCUUUGCUUGAGGCAUAUGCUUCUCGAGGAUAUAUUGCGGUUGCUGUUGAUUCUCGCUAUCAUGGAGAACGUGCCAGUAGUCUGACCACCUAUCGCGAGGCUCUUGUAUCAUCAUGGAAAAAGGGUGAUACUAUGCCAUUUAUAUUUGAUACAGUCUGGGACUUGAUCAAACUGGCAGAUUAUCUCACAAAGAGGGAGGACAUAGACCCUUCAAGGAUAGGGAUCACGGGCGAAUCACUUGGAGGAAUGCAUGCAUGGUUUGCUGCUGCUGCUGACAAACGCUAUUCUGUAGUUGUCCCUAUUAUUGGUGUGCAGGGGUUCCGAUGGGCCAUAGACAACGAUAUGUGGCAGGGUAGAGUUGACAGCAUAAAACCUGUGUUUGAAGAGGCACGCAUUGAUUUGGGAAAGAGCACCAUAGACAGAGAAGUGGUGGAGAAGGUAUGGAAUAGGAUAGCUUCUGGUCUAGCAUCUGAUUUUGAUGCCCCCAACACAGUCCCAGCCAUUGCUCCGCGGCCCCUUCUGAUAAUUAAUGGUGCAAAUGAUCCUCGCUGCCCUCUUGCUGGCCUGGAAGUUCCAAAAUCAAGAGCGUCUGAGGCUUAUGAGAAGGCACACUGUCCAGAGAAUUUUAAGUUAAUUGCAGAACCGGGAAUCGGACACCAGGUGACACCGCUGAUGGUCAAAGAGGCUAGUGACUGGUUCGACAGGUUCAGCUUAAGCAACAGUAACGAUCCUCGUUGUUCGUCUUGGCUACCUGUUGCUUUUCAUGUAUUUCGAUCUACUUCAGUGUUGCGUAUUGCAGUGCGUGUUUCUCCGGAUCCAGCCGUCCUUUGGGUGGAUCCCUCGGUGAUGUAUACGUCGUCGUCUUGUGUGUAUAGCAGGGAACUUAUCUUUCCCCUAUCUCACCGAUGCUUUAAUCCAAAUUUCCCAGUUAUGACGUCUGAGCAUAUACCGGUAUAUAAUCUCAAGCAUAAAGUUCCGUUGACCACGGCCGCAUCUCCAUAGAUGUGGAGAUGCUUCCUCGUUGAAGCAUCAAUUGAUAAACCAAUCGCUGCCCCUAUAUCUUCCAUUUGUUAAAAAUAAUAUUGGUAGUUUAAAAAAAAAAAAAAAA